AUGACACCCAGUAUUACCUACUCUACCUUCAACGUACCAGAAUAUAAAAGAUUGCCGCCUCCCGAGUCUGCGGGCCCUCUGCGGACAUCUGCCACAUCUACCACCUACGAGCCACCAAGAGUCGAAAUAGAAGAGUCAGAUGACGAUUCAGGAGGAUCCGAAUCUGAUGCAAGUUUUUCGGAUUCCGAAUUGGAGGAGCAUUCAAGUUCACCGCUACCAAAGUCAAAAGGCUUUCGCAAUGGCCGGACUCCCAAGCCGAGCGAUGUCUUCAUCGCUGUAAUGGGCGUCACAGGGUCGGGCAAGAGCUCCUUCAUCUCGAUGUGCUCUGGGAAACGCGUCAAAAUUGGCCAUCGCCUCGAAGCUUGCACAACAACCGUUGAUGUUUAUCCAUGCAACUUCUUUGAGGACCGCACCGUUUAUCUCAUCGAUACUCCCGGGUUUGACGACACGGAUAAGAGUGAUAAUGAGGUCCUCAGAGAAAUCGCUGCGUGGCUCGCGGACUCAUACUAA